AUGAACGAGUCUGAAUACCUGAGCCCCGUGUGGAGGGACGGCAUUUUUAAGGGCCGAGUCGUCUUUGUGACCGGCGGUGCUGGUACCAUCUGCAGUGUUCAAACAAGGGCGCUCGUUCGCUUGGGUGCUAAUGCAUGCAUCUUGGGCCGCAAUGUCGAGAAGACGGAGAAGGCCGCCGAGGACAUUGCGACGGCUCGCCCAGGGGCCAAGGUGAUUGGCAUCGGAGGCUGCGAUGUGCGCAAGCCCGAGGCUUUGCAAGCCGCCGCAGAUCGCUGCGUGAAGGAGCUCGGUGGGAUCGACUUUGUGAUCGCUGGCGCAGCAGGCAACUUUAUCGUGCCCAUGUCGGGCAUGAGCUCCAACGCCUUCAAGUCCGUCAUGGACAUUGAUGUCCUCGGCACCUUCAACACCAUCAAGGCUACGAUGCCUCACCUGCUGCGUAGCUCAUCCCCUCGCAUCAUCUAUGUGUCUGCCACUUUCCACUACACCGGCGCCCCGCUCCAAGCCCACGUGUCAGCGGCCAAGGCAGCCAUCGACUCUCUGGCCGCGUCGGUCGCCCUUGAAUACGGACCUCUUGGCGUUCAGAGUAACGUCAUUGCGCCAGGUGGCAUCGAGGGCACCGAGGGUCUCGCGCGGUUGAGCAGCGAUAGGCCUGAGGACAUGGAGGCGUACAAGAAGCAAAUCCCAUCAGGCAGGAUAGGGACUGUUCGCGACAUUGCAGACGCGACCAUCUUCUUGUUUAGCGACGCGGGCACCUACAUCAACGGCCAGGUCAUCCCCGUGGAUGGCGCGGCAUGGAGACGACAGGGUGGCGCGCAAAUCGGUAUUGAUGGAACAAUGCAAUAUCCCGACUUCCUGCUGACUGGGGAGGUUUCGAAAAAUCUUAGGGAUCCUAGGAAGGGCAAGUCGAAGCUGUGA